CCUGCUUACUGGUUUACCAUUGCGCGGAUUUUUCAAGUUUAAGUCGUUCUAAUCUUGACUGUAUUCGUGCGAUUAAAAAGAUGGUGCGACUUAAAAAUAGGUAUUUUCUUUGUGAGAUGGUGUUUGAAGAUCCCAACAGUCGAGCGUUCUCAAUUGUAACCCAGAAUAUUUAUGCUGCUGUGAAAUCCAAAGUACGCGACACCCACGGUGACUAUGGUCUGGCCGCCAUCUCCUGGGGAUUGAGUGUGAGAUACUUGAAUUCCCACACGGGCCUUGUGAUGAUUAGAGUCCGUCGUCACCACCAGAAGAUACUCGGCUCGACGUUGCCAUUCAUCACAUCAAUCGCAAGAUGUCCUCUAUCGUUAAGAACGAUACACGUCUCAGGUACCAUCCGUUCCUGCCAGAAGUUCCUUGUGAAGUUCAACAGGCAGCAGUUGGUUGUCUUACUGAGACAGUGCAAAACAAAGGAGGAACGGAUACAAGUGAAAGAAUCAAUAAAGAAGUGUUCUGUGUUGGCGAAGGAGAAGAAAUCACACAACACUGCUUCGGGGAACACAAGUUUCUCCUGAUGUCCUACCAUAUCUUGCAUCUCCUUGCCUGGGUGUACAAGCUCCAACAAGUAAUGGUGCUUCAGGGAACAUAACUUUCCCCUGAUGUCCAACCAUAUCUUGCUUCUCCACGCCCAGGUGUACAAGUUCCAACAAGGAUGGGUUGUGUAAGCAAUGUGUUCAUUGAAUACCUUAUUGUUCAGUGAUGGCUUAAGGUUGCAUCCAGCUUGAAAAGUUGAGAAAGUCUGAGGAAUAGACCUAUCCAGGUAAGAUAUGUGGUCGUUGGGCAAUAGAAGGAAACACUUUAUUGAGUUAAAGGGCUGACUUAAUAGUCACUGUGGUCUGGUUGUUAGACUGCAGGACUUACAAAAAAGGUUGUGGGUUUGGAUUCUACCAAGCUAACCCCUGAUUUCACAAUGACUAGAACAAGUAUUGCCGUCUUGUUACUGAAUAACAAUUUCUUGAUUUGUGCGAGUCCUAAUCAUGGACGGAAACCAAUGUUUGUAUGAGAGAGAUUGGCUGUUGCCAGUUUAGCUCUUAUAUCCCCUCGAGGGAGUUUGCAGAGUUCCCUCAUCAGGAAGAUCGUUAAGACAGACAGAGAUACCACUUUAUGGAAUACUACAGUGACACCUUACUCAGAAGAGCCAAGUCUUCAAGUUAUGAGGCCAAACUGUCAAAUGAUCGCACGUUGUAGGUGAAACAAGUGUCAUUACUGGGUGAGAGCAUGACAGCUGAAUGUAAAGUUGCGUGUGGACUUUUCAAUAUUAAGUCAGAACCUGCACAUGUAUUUCUUUACCAUGUUCACUUAACAUGAUACGAAAAUUUCUUUUUCUGAAGUAGUCUGUACAUGUAUUUUGUGUGAAUAUGGUUUAAUUACAUUAAAUAAAUAGUUCAUCUAAAAUUAAGUGGUCCAUACAUGUAUAAUAUUUUUUUCUGACUGACUGUAAGCAUUGUGCCAAAACAGUACACGUAGUUAGGCUUCUGGGUUAUGCCGUCAUGCCCUGGGCUUCUGGUUUUGCUGCUGCGCUAAUGUGGUACUCAACAAAAUAUUACAAGGUUGGCAGGUCUGCAAUUAUGUACAAAUGGUACAGGUAUUUAUAGACUUGUUAUGGCUAUGUAACGACAGCUUUGCUGAUUUCUCUGAGGGUAUUGAAAUUUUAAAUCAGACUAAAGAAGGAUAUCAUGCCUGCUACCUCGUUGGUGGAUUUUUCUUAUGACAUCACGGUCUGCAUCUGUAUGUCAUACUAGAAUACACUUUACACAAGGUGUUCAUGCACGCUGCAUUGUAAAGGCACUGGACACUAUUGGUAAUUACUCAAAACAAUUAGUUAGCAUUAAAACUUACUUGGUAACGAGCA